UCCAGCGCAAUGGGGCGGAGGGAGAUCAUGGACCCCGGCAGCGGCGGGCCGAAGAAGAUCCUGGACCCCGGCAGCGGCAAGCCGAUGGAGAUCAUAGGCCUCGGCAGCGGCAAGCUCGAGGACUAUCCCUGCGUGAGGCAGCUCCGUAACCGGCGGCUCCUCACCUACCUCUGGCUCCAGGGCUUCGACACCGCCUACGACAGCGUCGUGCAUGAGUCGGAUGUGCAGCAGAUGAGCAGGCUGCAUCUGCGGCAGCUGGUGGUCUGGGGCCAGUGGAGAGAAGCCGUCAAGUACAUAAACCGCUUCCUGCCGCCGGCCGACGACCGGGGCGUCGAGACCCGUUCCCUUCUCUUAUUCCUCCACACGCUCUGGUCUCUGGCCAACGUCGCCGCGUGCUCAGCGGGCGGCUUCGUCAACGACUCCGUACGCCGCGACCUUCACUUCCUGACGAACCUUAGCUGCCGCAACGUCAAGCUCAACUCCAUCCUCCAAUACACGCUCCACUCACCGCAAUUUACGGCGUCCCUGGACUGGAAACUGGUGAGGGAGAAGGCAUCGUUGAUUGCCGAUGACUGGGCUCUUGAGACUCCUGAGUUGAGACGCAAGUUGCAAUUACCCGGUGGCCGGGGUCUCGCGCAGGACUUGCUUCCCAUCGGCCCCCUUCGUCCAAGGCGCCACCGGAGGCAACAAUUCCUGCGGCCAAAGCCGGUGGCCAUUGCCAAGGGCUAUCUCAACAGGAGGAGGAGCCUGCCAUCUUCAAGCCCACUUUAUGGAUUGCCCGACAAUGCAAUCAGCCGGGUGGCAGAUCUUAUUGCUGCUUCUGGUACUCCACUUCUGCAGGCCAUAUCUGGGACCGUGACAAAUCCUGCUAAAAACACUGGGACCUCAUCAGUGACAAAUGAAGGUGCUCCAACUUGCACAGAUCAGGCUAGUUGUCCUUCGUGCUCAUCGGUUCUAAAAUCAGGUGAAGUGUGGCAGUCUUACAGCAUUUUAGAAUCCCUUGGAUCAAAUCUGGCACAAAUGCUGUGCCCAUCUGAUGCCACUUCUAACGAACUGGUUGCAGCUGCUUCUGGUACUCCACUUCUGCAGGCGAUAUCUGGGACCCUGACAAAUCCUGCUGAAAACACUGGAACCUCAUCAGUGACAAAUGAAGUCUAUAUUGAUAUCUCUAAAAAGAUUUAUAUUUAG